AUGGUCAGCGUGCAGGGCGUACACAAGCCACUGUUCGCGCUGCUCGGGCAUGAGGACGUUGUCAGGAUUGUUGACGGGGCUGUGCUGGUCGACGACGACGAUGAGGAGGACGAAGACGAGAAGGAGAAAGAGAAGGAGAAGACAAGGGAGAGGGAGUUGGAGAAGGAAGAGGCCGCCAGCGAUAGGAAGAGGAAGAAAAAGAAGAAGCGGCGGACUACAUUCGAGGAGGACAGACCGAGGGAGAUGAAUACCUUCUUUGACGACUUGUAG